GGCGCCCAGCGACCCCUCCUCCACUCUCCAUCUUUUCUUUCUUCCCCAUCCUCUCGUCCCCGCCUGCCUCUUCCCCCUCCCCCACCCCUCAUCCCCAUCCUCCCCCUCUUCACAGGCACAUCUGCACGCGCACGCUCGCUCGCUCGUUCGCUCGCACGCACGCACACCUACACACAAUGAAGGAGCGCGUCAGGAAGUCCAAGGCCCAGCCCGCGCGCCACGACCCGCUGCAUCUGCAGAUUGCUUCGGAUAUCCAGGUGACCGACCAUCUCAGCCAGACCGGGCGCGGUGCCUCGCGGCGUGAGCGUGUCCGCGGCGCCGGCGCCAAGCCCGAGCUCGGCAUUGAUGAUGAGAAUGAGGCCCCGCUGGAUGCCCGGAUGUCGCAGAAGAUCCGGAUGAUCGCGCGCGAGCAGCUGCGCGAGCUGCGCGACGACCAGGACCAGGCUGCUGACGCGGCGUCCGACGCGGCCGCCGUCGCCGCGGCCGCGGCCGCCGACGCCAUGGCCACCGAGGACUUCGAGGAGGCCGAGGAAGUCGAUGAGGAUGAUGAGGCUAGCUACCGUGAUGCCGUCCGCCUCGCCGAGUCCCAGAUCUCCGAGUCGGAGCGCAACCUCCUGGAGCAGUUCAUGCCCAGCUUCGGUGCCCGGCGCGCCGCCCCGCGCACCAUCGCCGACUUGAUCAUGGAGAAGCUCGAGUCCAAGAAGAGCCGCAUCAACAAGCUCCAGUCGACCGACGAUGAGACCCCUCUUUCUCACCUGGACGACAAGGUCGUCGAGGUUUAUUCCAGUGUGGGGAAUAUCCUCUCCCGCUACCGGUCCGGCAAGGUUCCCAAGGCCUUCAAGAUCAUUCCCACCCUGACCAACUGGGAGGAGGUCCUGUACCUGACUCGCCCGGAUGACUGGACCCCGAAUGCCCUGUUCCAGGCGACCCGGCUCUUCGCAUCGAGCUUCAACCCCAAGAUGGCCCAGCGCUUCUUCAAUGUGGUCCUCCUGCCGCGCGUUCGCUAUGAGUUUACCGUCUCCAAGAAGAUCAACUUCCACAUUUACAUGUCCCUCCGGAAAGCCCUCUACAAGCCGGCUGCCUUCUUCAAGGGCAUUCUCAUCCCCCUGUGUGAGUCCAACGACUGCACCCUCCGUGAGGCGGCGGUCAUUGGCUCGGUCCUGGCCAAGUCCUCCGUGCCGAGUCUCCACUCCGCGGUGGCCAUCCUGCGCAUCGCCGACAUGGAGUACAGCGGCGUCAACAGCCUGCUGCUGCGCGUUCUCCUGGACAAGAAGUAUGCCCUGCCGUACCGGGUGAUCGACUCGCUGGUGCUGCACUUCAUUCGCUUCACGCAUGACGAUCGCCAGCUGCCGGUGCUUUGGCACCAGUCGCUGUUGGUCUUCAUUCAGCGCUACAAGGGCGACAUGACCACCGAGCAGCGCGAUCUGAUCAUGGCUCUCCUGCGCAAGCACUCGCACCCGGGCAUUGGGCCAGAGAUCCGCCGUGAGAUUCUGGAGAGUCGUUCGCGCGAGGAGCGUGAGGCCGCCUCCAACGAGGUCUCGGCCGCCGGUUUCGAGGACAUGUUCGCCGACCUGUAGACUGUGCGAAUGCGCUUGCGUGUGUGUGUGUGUGUGUG